CUCCACUUCCCCAAAAGAACUCUCACCAUCUACUAAUUAAAGCCCAUUAAACUCUACCCAUAGCGAUUCUCACACACAGGCCACAACUUUAUCAUCAGUCUCCUUCCCCUCUUUUUUCUAUCCCAUGAUUUGACCCUGAGCAACAACUGCAAAUGAAUGGGCUCUACACACAUCCACCAGAAAUGGAGAUGGGUUCAAGCUCUUCCACCUCUUCCAACUCCUCUGAUUCACUCAAAGGCUUGAAAUUUGGCCGUAAAAUCUACUUUGAAGAUGUGGGCUUUGCACCGCCGCCCAAAUCCGGUGGUGGGUCGCCGUCAUCCUCCGGGAGCGGCGGGCAGCCGCCCAAGAAGGGGAGGAGCGGGGGCGUUCAAGGUGGACAGCCACCCAGGUGUCAGGUUGAAGGGUGUAGAGUAGAUCUGAGUGAUGCCAAGGCUUACUAUUCGAGGCACAAAGUGUGUGGUAUGCACUCGAAGUCACCUAAGGUCAUUGUUGGAGGCCUUGAGCAGAGGUUUUGCCAGCAGUGUAGCAGGUUCCAUCAACUUCCCGAAUUUGACCAAGGAAAAAGAAGUUGCCGUAGACGCCUGGCUGGCCAUAAUGAGCGUCGAAGGAAGCCACCACCUGGAUCUUUAUUAGCCUCGCGCUACAGAAGUUUAUCUUCAUCUUUCUCUGAAAACAGCAGAGUCCAAGGCUUUAUGAUGGACUUCACCACAUGCACUGGGCCCAACGGAAGGAAUCCAUGGCCUACUACCAGAGCAACCGGCCAGGUUUCAGCCAAUCAACCGACUGCCACGGGAAAAUUUCUUCCGCACCAGUGGCAGACUGAAUCUGAAAAUCUACCAUCCAAUCGCUUUCUGCAAGGUUCAGCAAGUGAGGCCCGUUAUUCCGGUCCCAGCACUAUUCCUUCGGCAGAAUGUUUCACCGGAAUUUCAGACUCCGGCUGUGCUCUCUCUCUUCUGUCAAAUCAACCCUCGGGAGGAUCAAGAAACCAUCGGUCUUUGAAUCCAGGGGCAAAUAAUAACUUCCUAAAUGCCAAUGGCGAACCCAUCGGUCACUUCUCGAGUACAUCAUGGGGCUUCAAGGCCAACGAAGCCCAUAGUUGUUCGCAUGAGAUGGCUCCUGAUCUAGGCCUGCAUCAUCUACCACAGUCCACUAACAAUCAGUAUUCGGGGGGAUUUGAGUUGGCCCAACAGAGUGGAAGGCAAUACAUGGAACUCGAGCAUUCUCGGGCUUACGACUCUUCCUCAACUCAGCAUAUGCACUGGUCGACUUAAGUAUCCCCCACCAUUUCUCCUUGUUUGUUAGUGGCUAUUUUAGUGACUUCUGCACUCUAAUAACUGUAUUUGGAUUAGUCUUGUUUGUGCCUUUUCUUGGGGAUGAAACCUAAGAUCCAUGUGUGUCUGAUAAGCUAGGCGCAGGACUUGUUCUGGCUAAAUUGGAAUAAUUUAGAUGCUGCUGUUUGCUUUUGAA